UGAAGGCAGCGGAACGGAUUACCUACUCCACACACUUCUGUUUUUUUUCUUUUUCCUUCUUCUCUUUCAAGCACCACUGUGUGUGUGUGUGAAAGAGUGUGUUCCUGGUUGUGUGUGUUUGAAUGUGAACUGAGUUUGUGUGUGUGAGUGUGAGAUUGUGCCAAGUUGUGAGUGUGUGUGUGUGUGCGCGCGUGUGUGUACUGAGUGUGUGUGAGUAAGUGGAAGUAAGUGUGUGCGUAGCGAGUGUGGUUUCUUGGAGAGGAAAUAGCCGGGGACUCGCAAUCCAGGGGAGUCACGAAACGAGCCGCGUUCUUCAGACAGAUGAUGGAUGUGUAAAGGGGAGAGAUGGGCUCUCUGUUGUCCUCGUUUGGAAUAGAGUGCGGAGGGGGGAAGGAGCUGGAGGAGGAGAGGCGUUUAAAGGCAAAUGACAGAGACUUUAACCUCCCUUAUAAGUAUGCGACUAAUGAGAUCAAGACGUCCAAAUACAACAUCCUCACCUUCCUGCCCCUCAACCUACUGGAACAGCUGCAGAGACUGGCCAACGCAUACUUCCUCUGCCUACUAUGUUUACAGGUGAUUCCGGCCAUCUCCUCUCUGUCCUGGUUCACUACUGUGGUUCCUCUGCUGCUGGUGCUCUCUAUGACGGCAGCCAAAGAUGCUACUGAUGACAUUAAUCGACACAAGAGCGAUCGGCAGGUGAACAAUCGCAAGGUGGAAGUGCUUGUGAAUGGCCAACUGAAGAGUGAGAAAUGGAGGAAUGUCCAAGUGGGUGACAUCAUCAAACUGGAGAAUAACCAGUUUGUCACGGCAGACCUGCUGCUCUUGUCCAGUAGUGAGCCCCUCAACCUGGUCUACAUCGAGACUGCCGAGCUGGACGGAGAAACGAACUUGAAGGUGAAGCAGGCUUUGACCUGCACAGGAGACUUGGGGGACAACAUUCAGGGACUCUCAGCGUUCAGAGGUGAGGUGCGCUGCGAGGCCCCCAACAACCGUCUGGAUAAGUUCACGGGCAACCUGGAGGUGGGGGGGCAGACGUACGCUCUGGACAACGACAAGAUACUGCUGAGGGGUUGCACACUCAGGAACACACAGUGGUGCUUUGGACUUGUGGUGUUCGGAGGUCCAGACACGAAGCUGAUGCAGAACUCUGGCAAGAACAGAUUCAAGCGCACCAGCAUUGACCACCUCAUGAAUGUUCUCGUGCUGACUAUCUUCGGUGGGCUGGCGUUCAUGUGUACCAUCCUGGCGAUCGGUAAGGGGAUUUGGGAGAGUCGAGAGGGCUCUGCGUUCGCAGCCUUCCUGCCCCCCCAAGACGAAAACGGGCCCGCCUUCGCAGCCUUCCUCACGUUCUGGUCUUACGUCAUCAUCCUCAACACUGUCGUACCCAUAUCACUCUACGUCAGUGUGGAGAUCAUUCGUCUGGGUAACAGCUACUUCAUCGACUGGGACCGUAAGAUGUACCACGCGGCGAGCAACACCCCUGCCCAGGCACGCACCACCACCCUGAACGAGGAGCUGGGCCAGAUCAAGUACAUCUUCUCAGACAAGACUGGCACCCUCACGCAGAACAUCAUGAGCUUCAACAAGUGCUCCAUCAACGGCAAGAGCUUUGGUAAUGUCGUGGACCAUAAAGGAUAUAGGCUUGAGAUCACUGAAAAGACCCCCAAAGUGGACUUCAAAUGGAACGACUUGGCGGACCCCAAGUUCUCGUUCCACGACCACAGUCUGGUGGAGGCCGUGCGUCAGGGUUCCGAGGAGGCGCAGGCGUUCUUCAGGCUGCUCGCUCUCUGCCACACCGUCAUGCCCGAGGAACUCAGUGAUGGUGGUCUAAACUACCAGGCCCAGUCCCCUGAUGAGGGAGCGCUGGUGACAGCGGCGCGCUGCUUUGGCUUCGUGUUCCGUGCGCGUACCCCAGAGAGCAUCACUGUGAUUGAGAUGGGACAAGAGAGGACCUACGAUCUGCUCGCCGUCUUGGACUUCAAUAACGUACGCAAGAGGAUGUCUGUCAUCGUGCGUAGUCCCGAGGGCAAGCUGGCCCUGUACUGUAAAGGAGCUGACACCAUCAUCUACGAGAGACUCCACUCCUCCUGCUCCAAACUCAUGGAGGUCACUACGGGACACCUCAACGAGUACGCAGGGGAGGGUCUGCGUACUCUAGCGCUGGCCUAUAAGGAUCUGGAUGAGGGCUACUUCGAGAGCUGGAUAGAGCGCCACCAUGAGGCCAGCACGGCACUCGACGGCCGAGAGGAGAAACUAGACGCCGUCUACGAGGAGAUUGAAAAAGACCUAAUGCUGCUAGGUUCCUCUGCUGUGGAGGAUAAGCUUCAGGAUGGAGUGCCUCAGACUAUAGAGCAGCUGGCUAAAGCCGACAUCAAGAUCUGGGUGCUGACCGGAGACAAGCAGGAGACGGCAGAGAAUAUCGGCUAUUCGUGCAACAUGCUGCGGGACGAGAUGAAGGAGGUGUUCAUCAUCGCAGGAAACUCCCACGAAGAGGUGGAGAGAGAACUGAAGUCGGCGCGGACAGCGAUGGACCGCACCUCAUCCGACGAGCCACCCAUGAGGAAGAGCGGCAUUCUGGGUAAGAAGACGGACGUGGUGGAGGAUGAGACAGUGGAGGGGGAGUACGGCAUGGUCAUCAACGGACACAGUCUGGCCUAUGCGCUUCAGGAUGGUCUGCAGUUGGAGUUCCUGCGUGCGGCGUGCAUGUGCCAGGCGGUGAUCUGUUGCCGAGUAACGCCGCUCCAGAAGGCCCAGGUGGUGGAACUCGUCAAGAAACACAAGAAGGCCGUUACCCUGGCGAUAGGGGAUGGGGCUAACGACGUCAGCAUGAUCAAGGCGGCCCAUAUUGGCGUGGGCAUCAGUGGUCAGGAGGGCAUGCAGGCGGUCCUCUCCUCCGACUAUUCCUUCGCCCAGUUCCGCUACCUGCAGCGCCUCCUGCUGGUGCAUGGCCGCUGGUCCUACCUGCGCAUGUGCAAGUUCCUGCGCUACUUCUUCUACAAGAACUUUACCUUCACCUUUGUGCACUUCUGGUACGGCUUCUUCUGCGGCUUCUCCGCUCAGACGGUGUAUGACGAGUGGUUCAUCACCCUCUAUAACCUGGUGUACACCGCGCUGCCCGUCCUUGGAAUGGCCCUAUUCGAUCAGGAUGUAGAUCACCGUUGGAGUUUCCAGUGCCCUCAGCUGUACACCCCAGGCCAGUUAAACCUCUACUUCAGUAAGCGUGCCUUCCUGCGCUGUGUUCUGCAUAGUGGCUACAGUUCCCUGAUCCUGUUCUUCAUCCCUUACGCGGCCAUGGCCGACACCGUGCGCGACGACGGCAAAGACAUCGCCGACUACCAGUCGUUUGCCCUGCUGGCACAGACGUGCUUACUGGUGGCCGUGAACAUGCAGCUGGGUCUGGAUACGCACUACUGGACAGCUGUGAAUCAGUUCUUCCUGUGGGGCAGCAUGUCUGUCUACUUCGCCGUGACCUUCACCAUGUACAGCAACGGCAUGUACCUGAUCUUCACCUCCUCAUUCCCCUUCAUAGGUGUGGCCAGGAACUCCCUGAACCAGCCUAACGUGUGGUUGACGAUCCUGCUGACGUCCAUCUUGUGUGUGCUGCCAGUGUUGGCCUACCGCUUCUUAUACAUGCAGCUACGACCCACCAUCAACGACAAGGUGAGGCACAAAGUGAGGCAGGAGAAGGUCCCGCCCGAAUUCAAGAAGGCCCCCCGCCUCUUCCGUCCACGAAUGAGCACGCGGCGCUCGGGCUACGCCUUCUCCCACUCGCGCGGCUACGGCGACCUCGUGACCUCCGGCAAGUUCCUGGGCAUCCGACCACUCAGGAGCCGGCCUCCGCUCUUCUCGAGAUCCACUUCCUCCUCCGCCGCCUCGCCCGUCGCCGAGGACUCGCCGCAGAUAUUCAGGACCAUCGAAGAGGAUCCUAUUGCAUAAACACACACACACUCACACACACACACACACACACACACACACACACACACACACACACACACACACACACACACACACACACACACACACACACACACACACACACACACACAUGCACACACACACACCAAUCUUCUACACUAUCUCAGAGUAUCUUAGUGCCUUAACCUGAAACACACAAACACACACACACACACACACACACACACACACACACACACACACACACACACACACACACACACACACACACACACACA